GCUGAUCUCUAUUGAAAAUUGUUUCCAGUUCUCAAGCUAUAUCUAUAUAUAUCGGGUGACCCUGGCGUAUAAAUCUCUUUGCUAGAAGCGAUAAUUGUUGACCUAAAUUCAACUCACAUGUUAAUUUUCUGCACUUUAAUUUGGAGGUAGAUAAAACGAGUCAGAGCCAGUGCCCAGACUCUCUGGUCUUGCUGCUGCCCAUUGGCCACUUCAGAAGUCACAUGACGAAGGUGCCUUGUAAAUGAAGAUGUGGGGAGCACUGGAUUGCCCAUGUUUCUUAGCUUCUGGUUGUGGGUGCCUCUUCUCAGCAAGCUCUCCAUCAUGGUCGAGCCCUUCUUGGGAACUUGGAAACUGGAAUCCAGUGAGAACUUCGAGGAAUACUUGGAACAACUGGGCGUGCCCGGCACCAUCCGGCACCUGGCCGCCCUGGAGAAGCCCAGGAUCUGCAUCAGCGCCCACGGGGACAAGGUGAGCCUCAGGACAGAGACCUCUUUCAAGAACUUCGAGAUCUCCUUCAAGCUGGGGGAAGAGUUUGACGAAACCACAGCCGAUGGCCGGAAAGUGAAGAGCAUCAUACGGUUGGACGGCGACUCAUUGGUCCAUGUCCAAAAAUGGCUUGGCAAGGAGACAACAGUCAAAAGACAAAUCGUAGAUGGGAAAAUGGUGGCGAAACACACCAUGAAUAAUGUUGUCAGCAGGCGAGUCUUCAGAAAGGAAUGAAGAAAGCCACCGCAUCUGUGAAAACCCACUCACCAAGAAAACACGGGGGUGAAGGUCUGCCUCAGGGCCAGUGAUUUUAAAAAUUGCUUAGUAGAAACGCUCAAUAAAGCAUCAGAUUAGGUGCAGUUUCAGAGCUGAGUCAUACUGAGUUUGGGACAUUGUGAUAAAACGGUGGGGCAGGAAGCUCCUGGCCUGGGGUGCGAUUGUAGGAGCACCAGCGCCCUCUUUGUCCUCUGCCACCUGCCCCCCAGGGCCUGCGUGACCCACGUUAAAGUAUCUGUCAAGUGGUGCUUUGUGGAGAUUCACAUGGCUUCAAAGGGGGGGGGGACAGUAUCAUCAUUGGAACCUGCCUUGGGCAGCACAGAUGCUGAGAACUA